GUACGGUGCGUCCAAGGGGAAACCACUGCAAGGCUUCUGUUGUGGAACGAGAUGGAACUUUUAAACAAACGAAUGGUACCCAUAACCAUACUGUUGAAGUUGGAGCAUUGACCAGUGCCAAAAUAAUGAAAGCUGUUAAAGAAAAGGCUUUGAAAGACAAGUACAGACCAGCAUCAGCUAUAAUUAAUGAGGUUCUACUUGAAAUGCUCUCAACCACAGCUCCAUGUCCUGCCCUACCAAAGGYUUCAAAUAUUGCUAAAGYAGUUAACAGACUACGAAAAAGUAACCGUCCAGAAGAUCCAAAAGAUCUSMAUUUUGACCUCAACAAAGAUUGCAUACCAGAGGACUUCAUAUUCGCAGAUGUCUGGGCAACACAAUCACGAAGGCACCUUGUAUUUUCAUUUCGUCUGUCCUUUUACUGUGUCUGUCUUUUUACUGCGAUCAUGGAAGUUUCUGUAGAGCAUUCAAUUUUGUGCUUUGAAGCAGAGUUUACAGCGAAAAGUUACCCCGGAAUUCCUGCAGGACUGCGAUUUAACCUUGAAAAUUUCAAGGGAAAAAACAAUGAAUCGCCCUCCGAUUCGAGGAAACGACUCUACCGGCGAUUAUUUGGAAUACUCUGGUAUGGAAACAGUAUUGGAAAAUCCUGCUCCGUUGGAGGAAAGUCCCCCACUUACAUUUAUCCUGAAAGCCUCAAGAAGGUGGUACGUGUUGUUACACGUGAGGAACUGGAAGACGUUCAACAAACUCACCCUGAUCCUAAUUCUGAGAGGAAAACGUUUGACCUCAACAAAGAUUGCAUACCAGAGGACUUCAUAUUCGCAGAUGUCUGGGCAACACAAUCACGAAGGCACCUUGUAUUUUGCACUAAAACACAGCUGGAGUUCCUACAACAGGCCAAGACCUGGUAUGUAGAUGCCACCUUCAAGCUCAUACGGAAUCCAUUCAAACAGUUAUUUACAAUCAAUGCAUUUAUAAAGUCAGACAACAAUUUCAAACAGUUCCCACUGGUGUUUGUAGUCAUGUCAGGGAAGAGAAAAGAGGACUAUGUUGAGGUGCUGCGUACAAUAAUGGAGAUGUUGAYUGACCCUGCAGUAAAGCAAGUGACCCUCGACUACGAAAUUGCAGAGUGGSAGGCAUUCAUGGACGUUUUACCUGGUGUUGAAAUACAGGGUUGUGUAUUUCACUGGACACAAGCAGUGUGGAGGAAGGUGCAGGAGCUCGGGCUAUCACAGAAUUACYGCCAGGAUAGAGGGACAUACUGCUACAUCAGAAAAAUCCUUGCACUGCCCUUUUUGCCUCCCCAUGAAAUUAGUUAAAGUUAAAGAGGGAGGCAGCAACAGACUCAUUGAAAGACCUGGCCAGCUAUAUCAAGAGGCAGUGGAUACGCCAUGAAACCUUCCGCAUCCACAACUGGAGUGUGUUCCUACAGCCUGUGAGAACCAAUAAUGAUAUAGAGGGUUGGCACAAUGCCAUAAAUAAGAGAUCAGGGAAAAVCCACCUUCCCCUCUACAUGUUGAUUGAUUUCCUUUAUUUCGAAGCAAGACUGACAAUGUUAAAUAUCAGGCUAGUUUCAGAUGGCAAAGUUUGCAAAGUGCAAAGAAAGAAGUAUAGGGAACAUCAGGGCAAGAUACUUAAGGCAUGGAAUGAAUACCAGGAGGAAGAAAAGACGGCAGAGCAACUUCUUGCUACAAUUUCAAAAAUUCAUGGACCAUCUACUGCCACCAAGUCUAAUUAAUUUGAUUUGUUUUUAUCAUUUUUAGUAAUAACUAGCAUAAGCCGAAUCUAUUAUAUAUUAAAAAUUUUCAUAUAAGCUUAAUUGUG